UCGGAGGGCGAGGCUGCGCAGGGGAACCUUGAGGAUUUCUUGAUUAUCUGGCUAACUGCGCAGGCGUCAGAGCACAAUGGCGAUGAUACCGGCAGCCGGCCGGAGCGUGGUGUUUGUCACCGGCAAUGUUAAGAAACUGGAGGAGGUGAUUCAGAUUCUAGGUGACUCCUUUCCAUACAAAUUGGUUGCAAAGAAAAUAGACUUGCCUGAGUACCAAGGGGAGCCUGAUGAUAUUUCUACCCAGAAGUGCCUGGAAGCAGCUAAGCAGAUUCAGGGACCAGUUAUAGUGGAAGAUACCUGCUUGUGUUUCACUGCUCUUGGAGGUCUCCCAGGGCCAUAUAUAAAAUGGUUCCUAGAAAAGCUAAAGCCAGAAGGUCUCUACAAACUGUUAGCAGGAUUUGAAGAUAAAUCUGCUUAUGCUCUCUGCACCUUUGCUUUCAGCACUGGAAAUCCAGAUGAUCCUGUAAAGUUAUUCAAAGGCCAAACUCAAGGGCAUAUAGUUGAACCAAGAGGACCUCGAGAUUUUGGAUGGGAUCCUUGCUUCCAGCCAGAAGGUUACACUGAGACAUAUGCUGAAUUGCCCAAGUCUGUGAAGAACUCUAUCUCUCAUCGUUACAAAGCAUUGAAAGAGCUGUCUACCUAUUUCGUUCAACACCACAACCCAGCAGAGAGCCAAUCUUGUCCUAGUUAACCUGCAUGGAUCUGUGAAAUGUUUUUUUAAAAUAUAAAAUUGAAAUUAAAGCAUGUGUGUUUCCUGUCUGUACAAAUCAUGAUCAGUAAAUCUACUUUUUUUUUAAAAAAAA